AUGACUUCUCUCGUUGGCUAUGACUACGAUUCGGACGACUCUGAUCAGGGGGAGCGCGGCGCGCAGGAACCAGCGGAAGGACUGGCGCAGGCCGGUCCGCCGCAGCGCGCCGAAGCAGAGGGCUCUGGUGCAGCUGAAUUUGGCGGUUCCGCAAAAGCUUCUGUGGGUUCAGACUCUCGACAGCUUCUAUUACCUGACAAAUCAGCACCUUCUAACGCAUCAGGCCAAGGGAAAGGUUCGUCGCAACGCGUGGGAGCGCCCUCUAAGCCGCUGAUACAGCAGCUACCAGCCAACCAGCCGCCCCGUGUGAUUUUACCGAGCGCUGCGGAUCUCUUAGGAGAUUCCCCUGAUAGUCUUAGCUUCGCUAUUGGAACAGCAGGAAGAGGGGGUCCGAGUGGGAGAUUGCAAGGACCAGCAGAGAUUGCAUUCGAAGCUGAUCAGAGAAUCGUCAAGGUUUCUUUUUCGCGUUUUUUUCACGGCCGGGGGAAACCACACGAAAUGUACUCCCAACAAGGGUUCGGCAAUAUGCCAGGAGGUGUGGGUGCUGGUUCGGGAGGCAUGGCCGGCUACGGGGGAGGUUUGGGUGGUGCCGCGGCUCCGGGAGGUGGUGGUGGUGGUUCGGGCGGUUUCGGUCCGGGUGGUGCUGGUGCGGGUGCUCCUGGGGGCGGUGCUGCUGGCGCGGGUGGUCCUCCGGGCGUUGGUGGCGUGGGUUCGAUUCCUGCUGGCGGCGCUGGCGCGGGUUCGGGUUUCCCUGCGGGCGCAGCACCCCCGGGUGCGCAGGGCAUGGGCGGAAUGGGCGCAGCGGACGCCGCCGCGCUCGCCAACAUGAAUUUGAUGAUGAUGGCGGGGAUGGGGGGGAUGGGCGCAAUGGGCGGGAUGGGCGGGAUGGGGGGAAUGCAAGGAAUGGCGGGGAUGGGGGGCAUGCCGGGAAUGGGGGGAAUGGCGGGGAUGGGGCCAAUGGGCGGAAUGGGAGCCCCAGGCGGGGCGAUGAUGGGCGCGGGCGGGAUGGGGAUGAUGGGCGGGGGUCCGGGGGCGGGGAUGGGGGGGGGCGCGGGGAUGAUGGGCGGGCGCGCAGGUGCGCGGCAGAUCCCGGUGGUGAAGCUGCGCGGGCUGCCGUUCCGCGUGGAGGAGGGGGACGUGGCGGACUUCUUUGCUGGGCUCGAGAUCGUUGACAUUCUAUUCGUUCGCAAGGAGCAUCGCUUGGUGGGGGAGGCGUUUGUUCUCUUCGCCUCCACUCUGCAUUCCGAGCUUGCACUACAGCGCAACAAGAUGCACAUGGGACGGCGGUACAUCGAGGUGUUCCGUGCCAAGAAGGCGGAGUUUUAUAACGCCAUUGCCAACGAGGUGGCGCAAGAUGGGGGCACGUACCACGGCGGAGGGCAAGCGCGGGAAUCGAGUAUCGUGAAGAUGAGGGGUCUGCCGUUCUCCGCCACCACCAAGGACAUUCUGGAGUUCUUCGGAGAGUACCCCCUGGCAGACGCAGCAGUGCACAUCAUCACCAACUCCAUUGGUCGACUCACAGGGGAGGCCUUUGUGGAGUUUGGCUCCGUGGAUGAGGCGAGAGCAGCGCUGGGGAAGGACCGCGAGCGCAUGGGCACGAGAUACAUUGAGCUGUAUCUGUCGUCGCGGGAUGAGGCAACAAGGAUUGCCACUAGGGCCAGCACCCAGAGAUGA